UCCAACAACAUGGGUGCCGAUAGCAAUCUCCGGGUCCUGCACACCGCCCUUGUCACGCCAUCCGACGACGACCUCCCGCCGCACUCCCUCCCGCUCACCUUCUUCGACGUCAAAUGGCUCCGCGGGCCGCCCGUCCAGCGCCUCUUCCUCUACCGUCUCCAGGACCACCACCACCACCACGGCAAUGUCCAGCAGCUCUUCUCCGACCUCAGGGCAUCCCUCUCCAAGGCGCUCAACCUCUUCUACCCGCUCGCCGGCCAUGUCUGUCUCGCCCCCCACACCAACCGCUACGAGCUCUUCUACCAGCCGGGCGAUGGCGUCUCCUUCACCGUCGCCGAGUACGACGCCGACAUCGACGAUCUCACCAGCGAUGGCCCCGUGCAGGUCGCCAUGCUCGCGCCUCUCGUGCCGUCGCUUCCCAAGGGCCGCGCCGUGCUCGCCCUGCAGGCCACAGUGCUGCUCGGUGGGCGGGGCCUCGCGCUCGGCGUAACUAUGCACCACACCGCCGGUGACGACGCCAGCUCCACCCACCUCCUGCACACCUGGGCCGCCCUCUGCAACGGUGCUGUCGAAAUGCCGCCGCCACCCGUGUUGGACCAUACGCUCGUCGCUGACCCCAGGGGCCUCUACCACAUCUACUGCCAAGGAAUGCCCAGCGGCGGCAACGAGAUCGAGUUCGUGACCACCAGCGUGUCCUCUGUCCCCGACGACCAGCUCGUCGCCACCUUCACGCUGUCUCAAGAAAUCCUAACUGCCAUCAAGGACGCGCUCGCCGGAGAGGCGACGAGGUACGGUGCGCCGCCGCGGAGAUGCUCGUCGACGCUCGCCGCCUACAGCUUCAUCUGGUCCUGCUACUACCGAGCCAAACAGGAACAGGAACAAAGCCAAGCAAAAACAACCCACUUCCUCUUCUCCGUGGAUCACCGGGCGCGGUUGAAGCCGCCCCUCCCCGCCACAUACUUUGGGAACUGCAGCAUCCCGGCCAUUGCCGUCGCGUGCCACGACGAGCUCACGGCAUCCGGCACGGGAGGCCUCUUCCGGGCAUUCACGGCGAUCGCGAACGCGCUCGAGGAAGUGGUGGGUGAGGGGUCGCAGGAGAGGUGGGACGGAUGCGGCAAGAGGGUGAUGGAGGCCGCAAAGGCCGGCAUGAUGUUCGUGGUGGGGUCGCCGAGGUUCCGCGUGUAUCAGGUCGACUUUGGGUUCGGAAGGCCGGCAAAGGUGGUGGCGGUGUCUGGAGCGAUGCCUGGCGCGAUGCCGGUGGCAGAUGCACGCAACGGCGAUGGUGGUGUCGAGGUGGGACUAACGUUUCCUGCGGGCGGCAUGCAGCAUUUCCAGCGGUGCUUUGCCGAUGCCAUGCAUGCGAUCGGCAUGUAAGAGCGUGUCUAUAUCCUUUAUAACACUAUGCUCCCUAGUUUUAAAGAGAUCACUUACGUUCAAUUAAGGUCUUCAAUUGUAAUUCGGUCACCCGAUUUUGAACGGGUCAAUAAUUUCUCAA